AUGUACAAGACACGGUACUUGUUCAGAAGACUUCGGAAACUAAGCUUCCCUAUCUUAUGUGCCUUAUCUCUUCUCCUAAUAUUGUUCCAUCUUUUUGGUCUAUCGUCAAAUUCCCUUGAUUCACUAGCAUCUAUUAGCUAUGGGUUAUUAAACCAACCUCACAAUUAUUAUUACCCAUCCCUGAAAUAUGCCUCGGAGAUACCCUAUGCCAAGCCACAAUCAGAUAUCUUCAAUCUUUAUGACAUUGAUACCACUAAGGAAAUAUCGGAACUUAGUUAUUAUCAAAUCUUCAACCCAUAUUUCGAGAACCAGACAGAAACAUUCAAUGAGAAAUUAACCCAUCUAGUCAAAGCUCACAAUAUUCGACCAUCUGAGGUGUUUACCCCCAUUGACGAAACAGUAUCACAAGUGAAAAUCCCUGCUUAUUUCAUUGAAGAUUACUUAUUAAAGAAACUAGAAUCAUCUCCAAAAACCAUUUCCAAAGACCUACGAUCCAAGAUCAUAUCUUUAAAGCAUUUCGACACUAAAAACAUCUUGAAAUUCGCCGAUAGACACUUACCAUUAUUUUAUAACUACGAUUACAGAUUAUCAUUGGCAAUUUAUUCCAAUUAUAUCAGGCAUCAUGUUACCGAUACCAAUAACCUUGAGACAUUAAUGUUACCAUUCAGCUGGUACGACUUUACUGAUUUAUCUAUCAUUAAUGAAGACAUAAAACUUCAAUAUUUUUGGAACUGGUUGCUCUAUAAUUAUCAAAAUUUCCCUCAAACUUUCAAGAAUCAACUUCUCACUAUCUAUUUUGGUGAAGAAAUGACCCAGAAGAAGCUCGAUCUGAAAUACGAUAGCCCGAGAAGAUCAUUCAAUUUAAACCUUGAUAACUUUGAAAUGUUUUUGAGACAGUUCAAUAUUGACAUGAAUUCAUGCGAGAUAUUUUUGAAAGAUGACGCAGUGUCUACAGAAUUGAUUGAAAUGAUAGAUGAUUUAUAUUCGUAUAAUUUUGUGAAUGGUGGUGGGUAUCCAAGUAAUAAACAUUUGAAAAGCUUGGAAUCAAUAAAUAUCAAGGAUUUGCUACCAUCUGAUUUGGAAAAAAUAAAUGCCAUCACCAAGUCAAGAACUUUCGAUACCUGUCAAAAUUUCAAUCAAAUCCAACAAUCGUCAAGAGUGGAUUAUCCUGAAUAUAUCACAAAUCAAAACGUUUACCAGCCAGGAAUUGGGUUCAAUGUUAUCCAUGGUACGCGAGAUAAGUUCCAUUUGGUUCAAAGAGUCAUGUACGCUAAAUCAUAUCUUUAUAACUACAAUGGGAUAAACAACGAAGAUAUCAAACCGUUUAAAUUAACUAUAUUGGCAGAUAGCGAAGUACAUCAAGUUACCAUUAGUCAGAAUAAAACUGUAUUUAGUGAAAGAUUAUUAGAAAACGGAAUGAUUGAAUCUUAUAUUGAGAACGAAUUGGUCAAAACAAACAAGUAUACUUUAGAAUCUUUAUGGGAAUCGAAAGAUGAGAUAUUCAUAGAUUUCAUUGAAGAAUUCAAUGCGUUGGAUUCAACAAUUCAUAAAUCAGAACCAUCAGUUAUUAAACCAUUCGAAGAGACUGAUGAGGAUAUUAACUGGAUGAUUAACUAUGUCAAACCCAAAACCGAAGUUGAUUUUUAUAUUGAUUCCUUCGUUAAUAUUGAUAGUGCAGAUGCCAUCCAAAGAUUCCAUUCUAGGGUCCCUCAAGAUGAAUUUUUCAAGAAAAAAAACCAAAUGGCCCAAUCAUCAAAUAAUAACCAGCCUGACGAUGAUAUUGUAUAUGAGAAAAUCUUCGAAGAUAAUUUGGCAUCAACAGAAACACUGAAUCCAUUAAGAAUGACUAGAAACUUAUUCAAAUUUUACAAAUCAAUCAAGUUUUCCAAUGGCUUUGUGGACGUGAGAAAAGUGCCAAAAUAUUUUUACGAAAUCAGAUUGUUACCAGAUAAACCAGGUGAGAAGGUACCAAACACUGGUCAUUUUGAUUGGAGAUUCUUUACUGAUCAUUUCCAUUCUCAAGUACAAACUCAAAACUCUCUCAGCCAUUUGCUUGGUACAUGGUUGACCCUUACCAAAAAAUACAAGCUCAACACUUGGAUCGCGCAUGGUACUUUACUAGGUUGGUACUUUAACGCUAAAAACUUGGCAUGGGAUACAGACAUGGAUGUUCAAAUGCCGAUUAAUGAUCUCAACAAGCUUUGUUUGAAAUUCAAUCAAUCGGUAAUUAUUGAAAACCCAAAGAAAGGUUUGGGGAUGUAUUUUUUGGAUUGUGGGUCAUCAAUAACUCAUAGAAGUAAAGAAAAUGGAAGAAACAACAUUGAUGCUCGACUCAUUGAUACCAAAACUGGGUUCUAUAUUGACAUUACUGGAGUCAGUUUCAGUGGAUCUAAAACCCCUAACGAUUACUUUGAUAUUAUCAAUUGGGAGGAAGGAGUUUUCCAUGAUAAUGAAAAAGAAACUGAAUUCAAUAAAGCUUUACAGGGUCCUGAAAACCAAUUCAAUAGAGAAUAUUUGAAGUUGUUGGAAAAAUCAAAUUUUAAGAAUUUGCAUAGCAAUUUGAAAUUGAAAAUUGUUAAUUGUCGAAACAAUCAUUUUGUGGAGCUCGAAAAGCUUUUACCAUUGAGAAAGACUUUGAUGGAGGGGGUCGAGGCGUAUGUUCCUAAUGAUUUCACUGGGAUUCUUCAAAGAGAGUACAAAAUAAAAUGGAACCGACCAUCUUUUGGUAAUUGGAUAUAUAUUCCUAAGCUUGGGAAUUGGAUCCGUGAACUGUCGUUAAAGAAUUUGUUCAGAAGAUUUUUAGCGAUAAAUGAGAAUAAAAUAAAUCCUGCCACGUACCAGCAUUAUCCAUCCGACUCCGGUGCUCCGAUGUUGAAUGAUAAAAUUAGAAAUUAUUAUUCAACGAAUUUUGAAAAACAGCUCAAAUUGCUUCAAACCCAGACCAAGGAUCAAAAGUUUGAUUUCAAAGAAGAGGUUUUCGAGCAAUACGGAUAUCCAUUCAAUUUCACAAGAGAUUCAGAAACCUUUAUGAUUUUAGAGCACGAUCCAAAAUACCGUUGGGAAUUUUUGUUAAGCAAGCAGUUAGUGGAGUAUCAUGAAAAGGAACUUUUGGCCUUUAAGGAAUCCAAAUCGCUAAGUGAUCAAGAAAGGAAGUCUGUUAAUUACAAAAGACCAGAUUUUUAUUUGCAAGCGCAAAUCGAAAAACAACAAGAAGAAAUGUGA